AUGCACCUACAGCUUUGGUGUGUGUUUACGUUCGCUCCCGCCCUGAGUACCGUGCUCAGCGCAACAGUCAAUAGGAUAAUCGGUGGAGAGGAAGCGGAACGCCAUGAGUUGCCUUAUCAGGUGUCGCUGCAGUGGAAUUACAACCGAACGGCAAUCGCACCGAUGCACUUCUGCGGUGGAGCACUGCUGACCAAGGACUGGGUGUUGACGGCGGCUCACUGCAAAACUUCCUACACGCCAGAUGGCUACACGGAGGUGGUGGCCGGUGCGCACAACAUUACGGACCGAGAGGAAGACAACCAGCGUAGAAUGAUCGAACGCAUGGUCACGCACGAUCGGUAUUGUGGAACCGUUUGUCCAUACGACAUUGCGCUGGUUCGCGUUGGCGUUCCGUUUGCGCUCGGAGAUCACGUAAAACCGAUCCGACUGCCAGCGCUGAACGAAUCGUUCCACGGAAGUGCCCUGGUUAGUGGCUGGGGAGCGCAAACGCCGGCACUAGUUCCGGAGUAUCCGGACACACUGCGGAAAGUCGUAUUACCGCUCGUGGAGUACGACGAAUGCCGCCAGCUGUGGUACGACGUGAGCCAUCUCGCGGCGACGAACCUGUGUGCCGGACCCGAGGACGGUUCCAAAGCAUCUUGUUCGGCCGACUCCGGUGGACCGUUAGUCACGAUGAAUGGCACGCGCAUCAGCGAAGAACCGGUUCUGAUUGGUCUCGUUUCCUGGGGACCUUUCCCCUGUGCCUCGCCCUGGCGGCCGAACAUCUUCACCGGUGUCGCCUACUUUGUCGACUGGAUUGAGCAGCACGUUGAAGCGGGUUAG